AUGAGUCAAGACGGCUCAGACGAUUGGGAGUCGGCUUCCAACGAUUCAGGUCAAGGUGAUGAUGGGAAUAUUGCAGGCUCAGAGACGAAUAGAAGUACCGACGUGCUGUUUUCAAAAAGAAGCCAAGAGGAAAUAGAGAACGAUGUAGUCCAAAUCCGUAGUCGGAAUUCAUCCAUUUCUUCAGGUCUAGCACGUCUCUCCAUGUCUCAAAUCACUGCUUCGCAGCCAUCCCAACCGUCAUCCUCAGAGCUUCGGAUUUGCGCGUUUCCAGAACAGUUCCGAUAUAAACCCCAACACGACAACACUUGCUUGCCAAAGACACCUCUACCAGAACAUCACAGCCCAAACUCCCCAAACUCCCCAACCCAGAGACGUGGGUCAAACAUUACGCGAAAUCCCAUAUCAGAUACAUGGCGCGAGGACGCAUACAUGAAAAAAGAGGCUGGAGGGGAGAAGAUAGUGGAUGUCGCGAAGAGGCAAGACAGGUGGCGAUGCGAGUACUGUGAAAACCUGAACGAGAGGGGCGUCGCGAACGAGUAUUCUGAGGCUGAUAAGAGAAAGGAUAGCCACGAUGCUGGGUCGGGAGUUGCGAGCUCAUCUAAAAUAUCCCCCUACACCUCAAGCAAUCCCAUCAAAAUUCCCGGCUCCGAUCCACCCGGCGUUGCGCCUGGCGAUCUCGUCAAAUGCACGUAUUGCGGCGAACAAAUGUUCGUCGAGCUUUCGCGCUACGACCCAAGAGAACUGACCGAAGACGGCGUGCGCUGGAGUGUUGUCGAGGACCCGCGUGAGAAGAAGGUACUGACGAAGGAAGUUAUGAGGGGAACGCCACAGAAGAGGGUUCGGGAGCGGUGGAGGAAAGAUGCGCAGAGGAGCAAGGAGGAGUUGAGAAGGAAGAGUAUUGGGGAGAUAGGAGGAGUGAGGAUUGAAGAGGGGACUGGGGGAGGGAUAGCAAUUGGAGAAGAGGAGAGUGGGGGGGUAAUGAUUGGAGAAGGGGAAGAGGAGAGUGGAGGAGUAGGAAUAGAAGAGGAAGAAGCAGAAGGAGUGGGUACAAGAGAAGAAGAAACGGGAGGAGUGAGGAUAGAGCAAGGGUGA